AACACUUUUUCUCCUCCAUCUACUGCAACUGUUCCCAUAAACCUGGUAACAAGAGCCAGAAAACUUCCCAGUUAAACGCCUAGACUGCAUACAACAGAUACUUUAUAUUGUGAUGAUCACAGCUGCCAAGGCCACCUAAAGGAAGGCCGUUAUCUCACAUUUGGCUGCCAGCUUUUUCUCUCCCUUUUGAACAUUUAAAACUUCAGACUUCCUGCCUUCCUGGUGCCAUGGAGAAAGUACAAUACCUCACUCGCUCUGCUAUAAGAAGAGCCUCAAACAUUGAAAUGCCUCAACAAGCCCGUCAGAACUUUCAGAACUUGUUCAUCAACUUCUGCCUCAUCUUGAUCUGCCUGCUGCUCAUCUGCAUCAUCGUGAUGCUCCUCUGAGGCUCUGCCUCGGCCUCCAGGUCUGCGGUGACCAGCCCAGCUCCGCCGGUCAGCCUGCUAAGAGGGGAAACAACACUGCCUGACAGAACACUUCCACAGUAGAAGAGUUUCUUUGUGAAAAGGUCGAGAUUAAGAGUAAAGCACAUUGUUAGCAAAUGUAUUCAUCUGCUGGAUCUUGUAAACAUAAAAAGGGCUUUAUUUUCAAAAAAUUCACUUUAAAAUGACUAGAAGUAUGUAAAAUAUAACUGUUGAUUAUUUCCUCGACAUGAUUUUAUAAAUUUCUACCCUAAGUCUUUUCUGAAGAUGAAGUAGGAAUUUAUUCAGUUUCAAAACUGCACUGGUAACAAGUUCACGUCAUAUAUAAAGCAUUAGCUUCACUCUUUGGGGUAAACAUAAUCACUCUGUAAAAGCUUCUUCAAUAUUUAGUAUUUUUCAAGACUUCAACAAGAAUCAAAAUAAUAAUUCAAAUGAAGUGUCACUAUUCAAAAUAGCACACUGACUCCUUAUACACUGCCUUUAGUAUUACUAUACAAAUCCGUUGUAGUAACUCUGUAUCAGAACCUACACUCGAAAAUAGAAAUUGUAUUCUUUUUCUGUAUCAUAAUAACAUUUUAAAAGUUUUGGAGAAUCAGAUAGGAAAAAGGGUCAUAUUCUUGCAUAAAUAAAAGAUCUCUCAGGCAAUGUUUUCAAAGAAGUAUAGAACUCUAAAACAUGUAAGUAAACCAUAAAUCUGUUCUCUCUAGGACAUUAUGAUAAACAGAUGAGAACUGGUGGUUAAUGCGUUAUCUGACAGCAUGAUCAGCCAUAAUUACUAAUAUACUAAAAGAAUAGUGUAGUCUUCAUUUAACGUACCGCCCUGGAUUAUCUGAGGUAGCGUACCUAACUUGCCAUACUGUAUUUUUGGAACCAUGAAAUCUUAAAAAAAACUUCAUAUAAUUUUAUAGGUUGUCUUCUAUUCCAACCUUAUACUCAAUGCAGGCAAGGAAAAGAAUAAAAGAUUUCCACUGACAGAAAAAUACGCUAUUUUAAGUGUUAAAAAUAAUUAAAAUGUGAAUUCUCUCGGCAAAUAUUAUCUCUUAGGUUUUAAAAUGAACUUAUCUUAUUAUUUAUAUAGCUGACACUUCAACAACAUGGGGGUUGGGGAUAUUGACAAUUUUGAUUCCCCCCCAAAUUAAUGACUAAUUAAUUGUUGACCAGCAGCCUUACCAAUAACAUACACAGUCAAUUAACACAAAUUGUGGAUGUUAUAUGUAUUAGCCACUGUAUUCCUACAAUAAAAGUAAACUAGAGAAAGGAAAAUGUUACUAAGAAGAUCAUAAGGAAAAGGACGUAUAUUUACUGUUCAUUAAGUGGAAGUGGAUCAUCAUAAAGGUCUGCAUUCUCACUGUCCUCACAAUGUGUAAGCUGAGGAGGAGGUAGAUGAGGGGAUGGUCUUGCUAACUCAGGGAGGACAGAGGAAGAAAGAAAUACACAUAGAAGUAAACCCUAACAGUUCACACCUGUUGUUCAAGGGUCAACUGUAAUAAGAUACAGCCAUUUUUCUUCCAACAUUAUAAAUCUAACAAUGAUAAUCUAUAAUUACUUUUUUGAUGAAUACAUGAAUGAUGAAUUCCCUCUCAUCAUUUUAAAACAUCUUCUAACAACUUGUAAAACAAUGGAAGUAAAAAUGAGUGCUAGAAAAUAAAUUCACUACAUUUUGGUAAUUUAAGUCAACUCAAGUUUAAAUUAAAAAUCUAAAAUAGUUUACACCUAUACUGCAUAAUCUAACAAUUUAAACCUCAGUUUGAGACAUGUAACUAAUAUCACAAUUAUUAAAGGACGUAGGGGUAUCCAACUUGUGGUCCACAAGCCACGUGAGGACUUUUUUGCUCAUCUGUGAUAUCACAAAAUUUAUGCACAGAGCUUUUUUUUAUUGUUCAGUAGCUUUUGCUAGUGUUUAUAUAUUUAAUGUAUGGCCCAAGACAACUCUUCAUUUUCUAAUGUGGUGCAGAGAAGACAAAAGGUUGGACAGCCCUGGUAGAGAAUGUGUCAUUAACCAUAUCUACUAAAAUAUGAUUACUAAAAGAAUAAAACAUGGUCUACAUUGAACUCAGUUUCUAACACAAGCAUUUACUAAGUGAAGGAGACAUUGAUUUUAAAUUUUUAAUCCCUGAGAGGUACUAGAAAUGGGGAGAUUGAAGGGCUUUGGUUCAUAAAUAGCUAAACAACAGAAGCACAGAAUUUCUUAAGUGAAGCUUUACCUACAAGUUGGAGAUCCCUAAUAACCAGAAAGUUUUUAAAAAACAAAUGAUGCACUCACCCCAUUGGUCUCAGUAAAUUAACCAAGGCAAAAAGUAUUCUAGUUCUAUAAAUCUCAAAAACAAAUGCCAAUUUUGAAUUCGUAAGUCCUAGUCUUUUCAUUACACUGUCCUUUCAUACACUGUUCAUUACAACUCUUCAAACUGUCAACUAUGAUGUUGUGGGCUUUUCCACAGAAAAACAGAAACAUAGAUUUUUUUUUUUUCUUUACUGUGUCCUUGAUAGAAAUUGAAACCUUAUACUGUGAGGAUUACAGAAUACUGUAACUCAGAUUAUUAUACAGAACAAAAACCUAUUCUUUAAAUGAAACUUAUUUAUUCUGUUUAUCAUGAUAUUCAAGGAAUAAGAUAAAAAAAAACAAUAUAUUUUAAGAUUUUUAAAUACUAAAUGUUCACAUACUUUCUAUUAUGGAAAGAAUUCUAAUCUUAGUUUACGGAGUACUACAAAACAAUUUUUAAAUGUUGCCUUUUAUAUUUUAAUUGGUUAAAAGUGUGUAUUUGUUUAAUACAAAUAAUCAGAAUUUUAUCUACGUUAAAAUGAAUGUCUUAAACUCAAUGACAUUUCUCUAUAAUAUACUCAUGAUUGACACUGACAGUAAAAAAUUAUAAAUAGCUUUGAUUUUGUAGGUUUUUUGGUGACUUUUCCCAAAUAAAAUAAAAUUAGGAUUUCCUAGUCCAGACACAAGAGGGCAGACCUAUAUAAAAUAGUGAUUUUGUUACUGCCCAGAAAUUAUCCUUUGAUUAUUUUUGAGUUUUAUGGCAAAGUGGGAAUAUAAUACAUUUUUGAAAAAGAUCUAUUCUUCCACUAAGUAACAGCACACUUUAAAAUGUCUAGAAACUAUAUGCUAAUAUCAUAUAGAAAAGCUGACAGAUGGAAAAAGUCAAACGCAUUACUGAUUUUAUUUAAACAUGCAUAUAAAAAUCAUUCAUAUGCUUUAUAUACUUUUUAACUACCUAAUGAAUAUGUCAUACUCUAUCUAAGGGAGAGUGUCAGUACCUAUAUCUUUGACAGUUAUCUCAAAUAGUAAAAAAUUAAAGGCAACACAGAUGACAAAAAUAAGAAAAAAUACAAAUAUUAAAACUUUCUUUUCAGAGAUGUAAUAUAAUACAUAAAACAUGCCCAAGGUAGAAGUAAAAUUUUCAUUCUUACUUCAUGUUAGGCAAAAAGCAAGUCAUUUAAUUCUAAGCAAUUUUGUCAAUUUCUUAUUUAUAUAAGAGGAAAAUAUUUAGUAAAAUACAUUGAAAUCAUUAGGGGCCAUUCCUUGAUUACUUUUAUAAUUCAAAUAAGCACAAAAUUUCAUCUUUCAUUCUUUAAUGACUGUAACCCAAAGUUUAGAAACAUUCUAAGGAACAUAAAAGUAAAAAGGAUAAACAAGUUUGUCAAUAAAGACCACUACUUCACUAUUGUCUGCAAAAUCCACUGUGGGCUUAUAGGUCUCCACUGAAUACUGUUGUUAAGUGUAGAAGUAGGCAUCCUCCUUCCUUUCCAAUGCCUCCAAUAAAGGGAAUGCAAGGGAGACAUGGAAAGGGAAGUGUUCUUCCCAAAGAGAAGAAAAUACUUUGUUUUUCUCUUCUGUCCUAAUCAGAAAGCUGGGGGCGUGGGG